GGAGUACAGAUACAGGGUUUCUACUGCUCGACAAAAUAAUGAGUGGGGGAUAAUCUGGAUGAUACGUACGCUGCAAGCCUCUAAGCACGGCAUUUUACAAUGAGCUAUCAUUCAUCCCACAGUCAAACUGGCAUGACUACAUUCCCAUUCAACCGAGAUGUCAGACAAUCCUCUUCCGGACAACACUUGCAUCGCUGCCUCCUCGCUGCCCACUACUCGACCUGUCCUAAUCCCCCAGAUAUCCAUCAAAUCGGGUAUAUGUUUUGUGAGGAAUCAGGGUCUCAAAAGAUCGUAGGUGAGGGAGCAGGUGGCUAUGUCAGUUUGUGGGCAAGCGGCAAGUAAUGUGUGACCGUUCGCUUGAAGCUGGGUAAUCGGCACCGCGACUGUCUGGCUAUGCUAGUACGGGUCGAUAGAGAUCGCAAGGAUGGUCCAGGACUCGGGAAUACUCGAGUAUUCCUUCGCUUGGGGUGAAUUUCAUAUCCGACAAAGUUGCGUAGGAUAAAAGCACGAGGAGGUACCAGGCCAGUCCAGUGUAUAUCGAGCGAGCCGGCUGAGCCAAGUUGGUGCCAGGUGAGAUGACGAAGCAAGAAAAGUGCUG